CGGGAAGCGUCUGGACACGUGCGGACAGCUCGCGCUGGCGGGGCUGCUGUCAGUGCGGCUGCUCUUCGUUUCUCAGACAACAGGCUGCUCCGGUGUUUCUCGGAGAUGUAUCGGUGCUUGCGGCGAUAACGGCACCUCUGACUGGAUUUCUGUGUUCUUCGGGUUGUGUGGCUGAAACGGGGAAUUGCUGAGCUCUGAGUGCAUCGUCUUCACUCAAGGGGACCUCUCUCUCCUUCGACAAAUUAAAACCGCAACAGUGCAGAAGAUUUCCCAAGUUAAAUCAAGAUGUUUAUAUUGAACCCUCCUUCCAAUCGAGAAAGACUUGAACUUGGCUGGCUUUGGAAAACACGUGAAGUGCAGGGUGCAAAACACAAUAGUAGGACUUGAAGCUUAAACCUUUCUCCCACGUAAAGCUUAGGAUUUAGGUAUUUUUCAGCACGCUAAGAAGUUGUUUCUUAGUGAGCAGGCAGGCCGAAUCCAGGUUCAAGAAUUUGUACGCAAGAAUGCUGCUAAUGCACUUUCUCUCUCAAAUCUUGUAAUGGGGCUAUCUUCAAUCUUAUGCAUCUUAAAUGGGCAACAUUUCUAUGCUUGUUGGUUUCUCCUUUUUGGAUUUCUUCUUGAUCUGGCUGAUGGAGCUGUUGCUAGACAACUUAAUGCUUGUUCUGCUCUUGGAGCCAAAAUGGAUGACUUUGCAGAUUUUACAACAUUCGGGAUUGCAACUUCACUAUUACUGCAGACCCACGGCCUACUGAGCAAUAUUUUCAUCAUCUGCUAUGUGAUGGCUGUAUUUGCACGUCUCUGUUUCUUUUCUAGUGGAAUUCCAUUUGUCUAUCGUGGCUUACCAUGUCCCUAUGCUUCAGCUAUCCUAUGCUCCACGUUUGUCUUGACCAAAGGGAAUUGCUUCUUCCUCUACGUUGCUGCAGUGGUGAUGAUCCUCUUCAUGACUGACCAAGGCAAUUAUCCCCAUGACAAGAUCUUAGAAACACAGCUUUGGAAAAAGGUGGUUUACAUUGGAGGUCUGAUGAUGUUGUUUUGCUGUCCACUGCAACUGACCUGCAUGUACUAUCUGAUUUGGUGUUUCUCCUAUACUCUUUUCCCUUGUACUCUGUGGAACUGUGAAUAUUAAUUCCUCAAUUCCCCCUUUAUAUGGACAGGCUUGGUGCUAUUGUUCAGCAACCAGAUGCAAGAUCGGUUCCUUUAAAUGAAAUCACAUAAAAACAAUAUUGUACAUGAAAUGUGGAUUGACCUAUUUUGACCUAGCUGACAGACUGAGUUUUCAUGUCUCUAUAUUUUUUCUGAACAAUAUGAAAGUAUUUAUAUUUUGCAUCCCACUUAUAAUUUAUUUCAUUUACAGUGAUAUGUAAUCUCAGAUUUUUUCAUGGGUCCCCAAAAAGCAAGCAGAAUGUAACAUCCCAGUUUCAAUUAUGAACUUGAAAGAAAUCUUAGUAUUUAAAUUUAAAUCAUACAUUAUAUAUUUUAAUUCACCCAAGUCAUUAGUCACAUACUCAAAAAUGUAUUUUCAUCACUUAAAAUAUUAAUUUAAGUAAAGUGAACAAGUCAUUCAGUUUUACUUGCCAUGAGAACUAGUAGUUCAAAGAAGCCCAAGUUACUAAUUAAGUGGAUCAUCAUCUUUUAAAUCUUUCUCUGGACAGGUCAGAUAUGGACUAAGUUUUAUCUAAUA